AAUUUUGAUUAAUUUACUAACCAAACGCUCUCAUACAACAAAACCCUUUACAGCGUUUUUAUUUUAAGGCCAGGGUUUUGUCUGAGCGUAAGAAGAAUCAUGGUCAUGGCCUUCUCCACUGGGUUUUCCACCGCUUUCGCCGGUUUUAAGAUGGAAGCUUUCUUGUUGAAUUCCGGUUCUUCUUCUUCUUCGCCUUGUUCUUUUGUGAGGGGUCAACAAUUACGUGCCCUUUGUAAACCCAGUCGCAAUGAGGGAACAUUUCAGAGUGGAUUUCGAUGCCAAGUUACUGCUUCAUCUGAUGCCUCCAUCGUCUCCGCUCUUGAGCAGCUCAAGACCUCCGCGCCUGACCGAUAUACAAAGGAAAGGAGCAGCAUUGUUGUUAUUGGGCUUAGUGUUCACACUGCACCUGUUGAGAUGCGUGAAAAACUUGCCAUACCAGAAGCAGAAUGGCCACGGGCCAUUGGAGAGUUGUGUAAUCUAAAUCAUAUAGAAGAGGCUGCUGUUCUUAGCACCUGCAACCGCAUGGAGAUAUAUGUUCUAGCUCUUUCUCAACAUCGUGGGGUUAAAGAAGUGACUGAAUGGAUGUCAAAGACAAGUGGUAUCCCUGUCUCUGAGCUAUGCCAGCACCGGUUUUUGCUGUAUAACAAUGAUGCUACCCAUCAUCUGUUUGAAGUUUCAGCUGGACUUGACUCUCUUGUGCUAGGAGAAGGACAGAUCCUUGCUCAAGUUAAACAAGUUGUCAAAGUUGGGCAAGGAGUUGUUGGAUUUGGAAGGAACAUCAGUGGACUGUUCAAGCAUGCAAUCACUGUUGGAAAGCGGGUUAGAGCAGAGACAAACAUUGCUGCUGGGGCUGUUUCUGUCAGCUCAGCCGCAGUUGAACUGUCUUUAAUGAAGCUUCCUGAAUCUUCAAAUGCCACUGCCCGCAUGUUGGUUGUUGGAGCUGGCAAGAUGGGGAAGCUUGUGAUAAAACACUUGGUAGCAAAAGGAUGCACUAAGAUGGUGGUUGUAAACAGAUCUGAGGAGAGAGUUGCAGCUAUUCGUGAGGAGAUGAAGGGUGUUGAGAUAAUUUACAAACCUCUCUCAGAAGUGCUAGUCUGUGCUGCUGAAGCUGAUGUGGUCUUCACCAGCACAGCAUCUGAAACUCCAUUAUUCUUGAAAGAGAAUGUCAAGGACCUUCCACCUGUUGAUCCUACAGUCGGGGGUUUGAGGCUCUUUAUUGACAUCUCUGUUCCUCGUAAUGUUGGCUCAUGUGUUGAAGAUGUUGAAACUGCUAGAGUCUACAAUGUUGAUGACCUUAAGGAAGUUGUGGCUGCUAAUAAAGAGGAUAGACUCCGCAAAGCUAUGGAAGCUCAAGCUAUUAUCGGUGAGGAAUCAAAACAGUUUGAAGCUUGGAGGGAUUCGUUGGAGACUGUUCCUACCAUCAAGAAACUGAGGGCUUAUGCAGAAAGAAUCAGAAUGGCAGAGCUAGAGAAAUGCCUGUCAAAGAUGGGUGAUGAUAUCUCAAAGAAAUCAAGGAGGGCAGUUGAUGAUCUAAGCCGCGUUAUUGUGAAUAAGCUUCUUCAUGGUCCAAUGCAGCACCUAAGAUGUGAUGGGAGCGACAGCCGGACUCUGGAUGAAACCCUUGAAAAUAUGCAUGCUCUUAACAGAAUGUUUGGCCUUGAAACAGAUACAUCUCUGUUAGAGCAGAAGAUCCGAGCCAAGAUAGAACAAGCCCAGAAGUAGCUUCAAUACAAGAAUACAGUGUAUCACCAGGCAGAAGACUGACAGCUACGUCAUUAAAUCAAACCCAGAUUCAAAGAUGUAACAGAGGUGUAUUCUGGGUUUGCUUCAGCACCAUUAAUCAUUGGGACGCAAGGAAGAAGACCACAAUGAGAUCAUCAGUAAACUGGUCCCUAGUAUAUUAUAUUAAAUUAUAUACCCGGGAAUCCAAAGACAACAAGUACAUAGUACUUUUUUGGGUCUUUGCAGACCACAGCUUGCCUUGUGUUGCGGACGAAAUGUGAUUAUAAAGUAAAAAGAGUCAUUGGGUCCGUGAUGCCAUGCUACGGUAUGUUCCUCAUUUUGUCCUCUGUUUAUCAUAUCAACCAACUGUUCUGUCCUCGAGGGGGAGGGAGAAGCCUACUCCCCCUAAUACAAAGUGAUUUUUAGCAUGUAAGGGCACUCUCUUCAUGGUCAAUUUCUCAUCCUAUUUCAUACUUGCUACUAAUAAUCCAAGCUUUGUAACAUGGGAUCUCCCCAUAUUGUAGGACUAUGAAGUAUAGGAAUCUCUUGGGACUAACAUAAUGACCUGAAACUGAGAAUAUCAACUUGAAGAAGAAGCGUGUUGCUAAAGUGAUGCAAAGGAGAAGUGAGAAAUCACAAUGUGUGUGUGCAUGUGUUGGUAUACACCGAGGAGAGGAUUGAUGGGAAUUGGGUGGUCCCUAAUCAUAAUCCCUCACAUGAUCACAUCUACGGUUGUGCAGUUAUGUUUGAUGCAAUCCCCACCGUCGGUGAGUCUGCUCUUCAUGGACCAUGGACUCCGAGACAUGGACCAGACAAUGAACUGGUUUCAAUUAUACAAUUCAUGCGCGGGCAGUGGGAGAGAUGUAUGUGUUGUACCCUUACAAACAAUUUGCUCAAACAAUCUCUCAUGCUUACAGCACCAACAAAAAGAGUAAUGCAAUAUGUAUAAAUAAUAUACACAAUUUUAUCUACAAACAAUGAUAUUUUAGUAUGUAAUUGGGUAAUUUUAAAUUAGAGAUAAAAUAACAUCUAAUUACAUAAUAAUAUGUCACUGCCUAUGUAUAUUGUUUACCCCGAUAAUUUUAUUGUUUUAUAAAAUAAGGGGCAUCCUUAUCUCAAA